AAGGCAUGCGCACAUGAUUGUCAUGUGCUAUACUCUGGGUGGAGACUGUUAAUAUUAAACAAGCACAACAGAGCUUUCAAGUUCACUUCAUUGGGGUUUAGACUCUAGCGAGCCUGUGUGUGGUCAUGAUAGGUGGAGUGUUUAUCUACAACCACAAGGGGGAGGUCCUCAUCUCCCGGGUGUUCAGGGACACCAUCACACGGACGGCUGUGGAUGCCUUCAGAGUGAGUGUGAUCCACGCCCGACAUACUGUGAGGUCCCCCAUAUCCAACAUUGCUCGGACCAGCUACUUCCACACACGUCGCUCUAAUGUAUGGAUAGUAGCAGCCACCAGACAGAACGUCAAUGCUGCUCUAGUGUUUGAGUUCCUGACCAAGAUGAUUGGUGUCCUAGAGUCAUACUUUGGCUCCAUCACUGAGGAAAACAUCAAGAAUAACUUUGUGCUUAUCUAUGAGCUUCUUGACGAGAUUGUGGACUAUGGCUACCCCCAGAAGACAGACUCUGGGGUGCUCAAGACUUACAUCACUCAGCAGGGAAUCAGAGCUCAAAGCACAGAGGAGCAGAAGCAGAUUACAAACCAAGUGACCGGUCAGAUCAGCUGGAGGAGGGAGGGCAUCAAGUACCGCAAGAAUGAACUUUACCUUGACGUCCUGGAGUCAGUCAACCUACUCAUGUCUCAGCAAGGUGAGGCCCUCAGUUCCCACGUCUCGGGUCAUGUGGUCAUGAAGAGCUAUCUGAGCGGAAUGCCCGAGUGCAAAUUUGGCAUGAAUGAUAAGUUGGUGGUGGACAAGCAAGCUAAACCAUCCACUCCUGAGGCAGCCUCCCUCGAACAGCAGAUAGCAAAGAGGUCAGGGAAUAGCGGUCGUAGCAGUAUAGCCAUCGAUGACUGCACCUUCCAUCAGUGUGUCAAAUUGAGCAAGUUUGAGUCCGAGAGAAGUAUCAGCUUCAUCCCCCCCGACGGAGAGUAUGAGCUCAUGAAGUAUCGUACAACCAAGGAUAUCACUCUACCUUUCAGAGUUAUCCCACUUGUACGAGAACCCUCUCGUACUCAGAUGGAAAUCAAGAUUGUGCUCAAGAGUCUGUUUAAAGCUCAGCUCAGUGCUCAGAAAAUUGAGGUCCGAAUACCCGUCCCCCCAAACACAAGUGGCGUGAGAAUCAACACACUCCGUGGGAAGGCUAAGCAUAAGACGGGGGAGAAUGCUAUCGUGUGGAGGUUAAGGAACAUGCAGGGGAUGAGAGAGACUCAACUGACGGCCAACAUUGAGCUCCUCCCCAUCACUGAGACAACCAGACAGAAGCAAUCAUCCAAACCGCCCAUCUCCAUGAACUUUGAGGUGCCAUUUGCGUGCUCGGGACUAAAGGUGCGAUAUCUGAAAGUGUUUGAGCCCAAGCUUAACUACAGCGACCACGACGUGAUCAAGUGGGUCCGAUACAUUAGCAAGAGUGGUCUCUACGAGACGAGAGCACAGUCCAACUACUAGUUAAUAACAAUAACCGUGGUUAUUUAGUUGCUAGGCAAUGUUUUUGAAAGCAGAGUACAUAAAAUGAGAUAUUAUGGUUUAUUUCUUUCCAUGUAAAUAGAUUAUUAUUUAAUUAUUAUGUAACCCUUUAGGCUGUAAGUGACACUGGGAUAGCACUGAGGCAUGCUGUAUCUAGAAUCAUGAAUGUAUGUUUUAUUGCUUUUAGCUAGAUCUAUGAAUUCCAAGUCUCUAUUUUGUGCUGAGUCGAUCUUUGAUUUGUUUACAUGCCAAAAACGUUGUGCAGACUUCAAAGACAGCAUGAAUUAGAUUGGCACAUUAGUGGAAUUGCAAUGUCGUAGUCGUAGUCUCGUAGUCGUAAUCGUAAUUAACUUUUCCUGUUUUUGUAUGAUGCCGAUAAUUGUGAAUUACUAAACCAUAAACUUUCCCUAAGCAGUACUAAUUUAAUGAAUGGAUUCGUAGGCGGGUGUUAUUGGUAUCCUACACAGUUUGUUAGUCUCCCCUUCCUCUAUAGACCCGCCUUGUUUGGAUCCCUGUACAAAACUUGUUUAAUUGUUAUCACUAUGCUAAUGCAACACGUCGGCAACGAAAUAUGUAAAUCGAUUCCCUGAGCACGUACUUUGAGCUCCGUAUGAACUCACGGACUCUUUGUUUAAUUAAUAGCCACCAUAACGAGCCUGCAGGUCAAGUGUGACUUAUAGGUCUGUAUAUAAUAUUUUAUUAGAAAUGUUAUUUGUAGAGGUAGCUUUACUGCAUGUGAAGUGUCCUACACCUGUGUUGCAACAAGCCAUCCCAUGUAUUGUACACACAGUACAGCUUAUGAAAACAAUGUAACAACGUCAAUUGUGCAGUUAACAUUUUUACAGUGUUGUGAAGUGUAUGUUCAGAACUAACCCUGAUCGACUUCCGUCAAUAUAACUACCUGUGGUUGUUUCUCAGACUUCCUUCGGUAAACUACCUGUGGUAGUUUCUUGGCUAGCCUGUGGUUUUCCCUGAAUGAUUUAAUUAUAGAAUAACUUAUGGAGCUUGUGUACAGCUGUAACAGUAUCCAAGGCAACCCUGAAGAGAGCCGUUCAUUUAAGGCUUGAGUUUCAACAGUCAACAUCCGUCUCUUCCUUAUGAACAUGGCCCAGCGUUAUCCCACCCGAUGAAUAUCAUUAUAGCAGUCUCUCUAUUUCCAUCUUUGUUGGAGUUAGAAAAACAUUUGAGUAAGUGUGUCCAUGUUAAGAACUAAGGUGUGUUUACUUGAUACUUGUUCAAUGUCUCCUACAUGUAAUCAUUAAAAUGGUUGUCUGGUUGCUAUGACUCGUGGGAACGACAAUUUGUUGAAGUUGCAAUAUUGUAUCGGUUUCAGUUCAUAGUUAUUCCUGUAGUUAUUCCUGUGUGUAAUGCAUUAAUGAAAUUGAAUAUCAAUUCAGUUGAAUUGUUCAUGCACUUGAUAUCUGUUUCCCACUAAAUUGGCCAAUAGUCAACUUGCAUACCUACCUACUGAUAUCACUAUUUAGGUUAUCACGUAAUUAACCACAAAUAAUUAUAGUCGCACAUUUCACUCACCCCAACUGUAAUUUCCCUAGAUAUGAUAUAUAGCUCAGAUAUGCACUACGUAUGUUUCCUCCAUAUAUGUGAAUGUUCCCAUAAGGUCACAAAACUCCCGCAAGACUGACCAUUCCUACGCAGACACUGAAGGCAUUGAAAUGCUUGAAUGAAUAGACGGAAACCAAUCCUUUUCAUGGACUACAAAUGCCUGUAAACAUCGUGCACAUAUAUUACUGUACAAUGUAUGUGUGUUGCAUAAUAUUCCUUUGAGAAGUGUGUAGGCUAUUGAGGUAUGCUCACACCGUAUCCUCCAUGCAUGCACCUGCUCGUCUGAAGAAAGUUGACCCAACUCUGAGCCACUGACUCAAUGAAUUUUAUCCUUCUCAAGUGACUUGCUGCAAAUGUGUAGGCUUGACCGCACUUAAUUAAUUAAAUUGUGGCUAUUGUUGGGUUGCAUUUCACAGAAGUGUGUCGGCUAGUCUAGAAUUAUAGCAGAUUAAUAACUGGUUAAGUAACCGUAGUGCGUGACACACGAUUGUAAUUUCAUGCUACCUACAUUAUUGUGUGAGAGGAUCCUCUUCAAUAUAAUUAUGUCCCUUCUUGCUCUGUGACAUACGUAGAGGUGUUGACUAUUCAAGCUUGUAAUUUUAGCUCCAUUACCAGCUAAACUCAGUGUUUAAAAAUGUCUCCACUGUACAUCAUAAAAUUAUGGUAUAAUAAUUACAAUACUUCCACCAUAGCCCAUUACUGCCCAUGUUAACAAUUCUUAGACACUAGUUGAUAAGAUCUACAUGGGAAGUACAUGGGAAAAGUGCCUCAGAGCAGGUAUACUAUGGGACUUAGUAUACCUGCAAAUUUACUUAGUAUACCUAGUAUUCCGUUGUCAAGUAAUUGUAUUGUAGUCAAGCAGUUUGCGCAUGCGCACUAGUAUCUAAAUGAGUUAGACACUGUUUUGUCGGUAUCCAUGUGAUUUAGAAGCCCUCAGCCACUUUAGUACCCUCGCUACGCUCGGGAUACUAAAUCAGUGCCUUUGGGCUUCUAAAUCCCAUAAUCACCUCCAAAACAGUGUCUAACUAUUAUUUAGUAACCCACCCACACGUCAUGAAAUAUCCAGUGACAGAAUGUUCCUAUUAAAUUCAUAAAACUGUAUAGAGUCAUACAUUGUACUAACUUGCUUGUAUUGCACAUGCAUGUUGCUGGUCUGUGGUUUUCACUAAUGACAAUUAAUAUAAAUAUUGUCUGUGUGCUAAAAACCACAAAUGCACUUAUCUCUUUGCCAUAAGCUGAAGAAGAAUUGUUGGUGGCUAUAAUUAUACUCUUACACUGUAUUAAUGUAGAAAUGUGACGUCAUAAAAAUUGUCUUGUGCAAAAUUCACUUUCACGUUUCAGUAGCUAACGGUUAAUAAUGUUAUUACAAACGCUUGUAAUUACAUCCUUGACUACCUUCUGCAUGUCACCCCUCGUUGUGCAGCUGGAUUAGCUCCACGCAUUCUCAACAAGAAGGCCUCAAAAGGGAAGGUGUUAAGGACAUAUCAUUCUCCCGCCCGUAGGACGCACACACACUCCCUUAUGAUACGUGAGGGGGAAUCAGUUGACUGAAGAUGUCGUUAUUCCCAUCAUGCACAAUUGGUCUAAUUCGGUUAACGAUAAUUAUGACACUCCCCCCCCUUUCCGUAGUACGCACACACUCCUGCCCUUAUUUUGUAACAUGAGUACUACUUGACUGACUGUCUGUCCCACAAGCAAUUAGUCUCAGUUGCUCUUGUUAAAUGUCUCUGUUUUGACUUGCUUAAUCGGCCAUUGUAAUCUCUUUAUCUCCACUUAAUUGGGAAGGGAUAGAGUUUCAAAGUUUGGAUUGGGUAACUGUCUACCGUAAAAUAAACUAUUAGCUCAGAUGUGCUUGCAUCUUAAAACAGAGUAAUAGUUGUUACAACACCUACACUAUUUUCUCAGUUGCCUAGGUGCUCAAUCAUUGACCAUGCAUUUGUGAUAAUUAUGUUUGCUUGCACUAUUAAUUAAGGCUUGACGCAGGGUUAUUUUAGUGCGGGUUAGUGGGGGUUAUAACGGAUGAUUUUUUACUUGCUUGAAGUGUUCCGUCAUCGCUUGGAGCAAGUAAAUUUCUUACCUGCACCUAAUUGUUAAUCAGCUUCGUAUUUGUAAUCACCCUCAAUUCGGAACCCACAUUUUUCCCCCACUUUAGUGAAAAAUGUGCAUGCCAUAUGCAUCUUGCUGGUGCAAUUAAUUUCUUGCAGUCCAUGUAAUUAAUUUUAGUUGCAUCAUCAAUUUAAUACGUUCAUGCUUGGCCAUGCAGUUCAUUGGCUGAAGCUGUGAAUCUCUAAACUGCAGAUUGUUUAUUUAUCUCUGCAUGUGGAGCAAUAAAUACUCAAUUAGCCCAGAAACUUGCAUAAGCCGUCUGUCAAGGGCAUAAUUCCCUGCUUGUUUCCGUAUUUAUAGACCCACAGCUAGUGGAAUCUCCUAACGAUAUUCAUGCUAUGAGCUUGUCUAAGACUGGAAUGCGGUCAUGGGGAUUGCCACCCGGGAAGUAGUAUGGAGUGUUCUAUUUGAGGUAUAUCGAGUUGCAGUCACAGCUCGUUGACCACAGCGCUGGAAUGCAACGUGAGAGUAUAAAAGAGAGCACUCUGCAGCUCAUUGCAGAAAGGCACAAGUCAGAAACUGAAGAAACUGAAAAAACACGAGAAAUCUAAUCAUCAAAAAUGGCAACUUCACAUAUCUUCCAUGUCUCCUUCAUUGUGGUUCUUUGCUGGAAAGUAGCUGCAAGCUUUCCAUUCCCUCCAUUCCCUCCAUUCCCCCCACCUCCUUCUGAGAUGACUACUAAACCAGAGCUUGUUGAGCUCCCUCUCAGAAACGACAGUUUCCAUCUCUCCAUGAAUAUCGACAUCCUACUCUCUCCCAACUCUCAGACUCAGCUGCAGGACUUAAAAAGUCCCCAAGAUAGUGAAACAAAGGGCUUGGAGCCAGGACACUACCUUGGCAAUGUCAAGGACUUGGACCCCAUCAACGGGAGGUUCACUGCAAGGGAAGGAGGAGUGUUUCUCAUCACAGCUAGUGUCCAGCUGAAACCACCGACUAUCCAGCCGACAACACCGACAGCAUCUAGUGUCCAGGCGACAACAAAAACCCCAGAGCCUGAGGCUGGAACUGAGAGACGAAGGCGGGAAUCAGCUAGCCAGCUGCAGGAAGUCAGUGUGGCUGUGUGUAUCGAUGCAUCUUCCGACAGUUGCAACGAGGCAUUAAUUACAACUGGUGUGUUAAUGGGCUCUCAAACAACCCUCGCUGUGGUUGGAAAUCUACAGCUGAAAACCAACCAGAAAGUUACAGUCAAGAUAUCGAACAAAAGUGACUCUCCCAUGAUUGUUUCGAAUCGCUCAUCAUUUUCAGUGCACAAGCUCUAGAUCUGAAUGCACAAGGUCAUGUUCUGUUUUUAUUAUAUAGCAUCAGUUUUUUCCAUAUCACUUCCAGAGAUUAUAUGAGUAUAUCACUUUAAUUUCCUUAUAACAUAUACCAUAGCUGACAACACUUCCCCCUAAUUAACACUAGCUAAUUAUUUAAUUAAUAAUUUAUAUACGACGUUUUGUUCGGCGAAGACACACAUUCCAUUUUUUUUUGUUAGAUCAAUGAUAUAUACAACAAUAAGAUAAUUUCAAUUAA